UAAUUAUGGUAAUGUAUUACUCUAUGGUAAUGUAUAAAUUGAUUGGAUUACUACUUAUGAGCCUCGUCGUUAAAUAACAUUGUACCUACCCAUGUAAUUGCGUGAGCUGCAUUUUUGCAGUUUUCUAAAAUAUUUGUAUUAUUAUUUUGAUAUCGACUUUGUAAUCUGUGUGUAAGAAUUGUUUUUUAUUAUUUUAUAUCAGAUUUACCUACCUAUUUCAUUUGAUGGAAGGUGAAGUCAUCUCUAUCACACUGCCUAUUUUUUAAAUUUAUGUAAAUAUUUGUACAUUUAUCAGUGUCUGUUUAAUAGAAUAGUACACUCCUAUAAUAGGCAUAAUGAAGCCACUAAAUUAUCAUGGAAGUGACAUUUUUUUACCACUUUCCGCUAUUGUGGGAUUAACUGUAGAUCUGGUAUGUAUAUAUUUUUAUAUGUUAUAAUACUACCUAUAAUUAUUUUAAAAACAAUAAUAAUGAUUUUUUUGACUAUAGGUUUAAAAACAGAAUUAUUUUAAAAAUCUACAUACAAAAAUAUUUGUUUCCCAAGUAUAAUAAUUAUUAUAACAUUAAGAUAUAAUAUCAAUAGAAUUGAAAACAUAUUAAUUAAAUUAGGCUGUUUUGCUACUAAAAUUAGUUUUAAGAUUCUUGAUUUAUAUUUAUAUUGUCAUAUGUAUACCAUUUAACUGUGUUAACUGUUGAACUACCCAAAAUCAUUUUUUUUGUUCGUUAUGAUAUAUCCUUCCAUACAAUAUAUAAACUAAAUUACCAUAUAUUAUAUCCUACCUUCCUAACUGCCCAGUUACCUAUCUGUAUCAAUUUUUUGAUGGUUUUAAUAAUGAUAAAUAAAACGUUUUAAUAGUUUUUGACCAUGACAGAUUAAAAAAAAGUUUUCUAUUAUUAAACCAAAAUUUUGUGAUAAUAUGACAUAAAAUUGACUUAAACCUUUUUUAUGUUCAUUGAACAAGAGCUAUUAUCAAAUAUGAAAUGUAACAACAUAAUUGAUGAAUUUAAAAAUAUUGUUCUUCAUGAUAGACACAGAAGAAUUUAAAUUAUAGUACGUAUUAUUUAUUUAUUUAUUUACUUAUUUAUUUAUUUAUUUAAUAAUAAAAGUGCAUUAAACAAAAUGGUAAAUUUUACACAAAAUAUAUAUUCAUUUAAGAAAAAAUUAAACAAUAGACUAGAUAAAUAUGAAAUUAAAAUCAAAUUAAAUAAAAAAAGAUGUUUCUCAUUAUCCAAUCAAUUGAAUUAUUGUUAUGAAAAGAAAUAACAAAGGAAAAAUAAGAUCUUUCUAUAUCAAACGAGCUAGCAGGAAUUAUAAGUUAAUUUGAGAAAAAAGAAAAGGAGCAAAAGUAUGCCUAUCUAUCAAUUAUAUACAUAUAUUAUAAAUAUUUUAAAUUGUUAUAUCCUUUUAAUAUUUCAUUUUUGUAUAAUAUAGUAUUUACUAAUUAUUAUUAUAAGACAAGUCUGUUUUUUCUUUUUUUAAAAGAGUGUGAGAGAUCUUUAAUGUCUUCUUUGGAUAGCCAAGUUAGCCACAAUUGUCUUAAAAGUCUGACGUUGCCUAUGUUUACAAUUUAUGUGAUAUGACAUAAUUUCAAAAUUUAAUAUUUCCUCCUUGGCAAAAUCUUAAGUACGUCACUGGUACCUACUCAAUAUUCUUUAUCGUUAUUUCCAAAAAUUAUGAAGGCCGAGGUUAUUAUUUAAUUUUAUUUUUGUGAUUGUAAGUUUUAACUGAACUUUAUCUAAAAAUGUAUAAAGUACCAAAUGGGACAACAUUUUUUUAACUUUUUAUAUAAAUAUUUCUCUACAACCAAUGAUAUAAGUAUGUAUGUACCAUGACUAAAUUAUUAUUUCUAUUUUAUAAUAAACUUUAAAGGUUACUAAAAAAAAAAAAACUACGAUAGAAUUAAAGCUAAAACCAACUAUACAAUAUAAUAUUAUGACUAUUUUUAAAGAUAAGACAAAACUAUAAUAUAUUAAGUUAUUACCUAUCAAAUAAAGUAACUAAUAAAAAUAACAAAGUGAUUGUAAAUAAUACUUUAACACCCAUAUGUAUUACUUAUUUAGUUCUCUAUACAUAUAAACUGAAAUAAAAACCUUAAUUUAUAAGAAAGUUAAUGGUACACAUUGAGACUUUUAAUGCAUAUUACUCUUUUCAUAAAUGUUGGUUUUAAUAUGGCCAUUGAUUAAAUACAUAAGUAUAUUUUAUAUAUUAUUGUUUAUAUCUUGUUACAAAAUAAACUUAAAAUUAUUUUAUAUGUCCUAGUUAGAGUUCUAGUAUUUUACGUAAUAUAAUAAAUGAUUAAAUAGUACAGUAAAAUAAUAAAUUAUUAAAAUUAAUGACCCUAAUAAAAUGAAUAUAUAUAUAUAUGAGUAUAUAUUUAAAUAAAUAACAUACCUACCUGAAUACUUUAAAAGUAAAAAGUAUUUUCAUUAACAAUGUAUACCAUUAAUAUCAAAAUGUAUAAAUUAUAUUUAUAUGUAUACUGUUAUAUGUACUCUUGCCCCACUGUGUGCCUUAAUUACUUAAUUAAUAUAUAAAUAAUAAAUAAUAAUAACUAAUAAAUAAAAAUAAAUAAAUAUUAUUUAGAUUAUUUAAGUAUACAAGAAAUAAUAGGUACAAAAGUUGCUCAAUUGGUUAUUGUGACUUUAAUAUAUGUAAUUUAAUAGUUAAGAACUAUAUUGUGUUACUAAUAAAAAAUACAAUGUCCAUUGACUGAUAUAUGUUAUAUUAAAUUUUUAGCAGAGCGAGGAAUGUCUUUUAAUUUCAAGAUAUAGAAUGACAUUCAUUUGAAUAUUAGUUCUAAUAAAACUACUAGGUACUAGUAGUACUAGUAUGUUUUAGUGAUUUAGUGUAAAGCUUUGUAUUAUUAUUUCUAUAUUUAUGUAUUUAUUUAAGACCACGGUAGACUAAAUAUAAUAAGAAUACUAAAUAAUUCAUACCUAACUAUAAAAUAAAAUAUAUAAAGCAUUAAACAAUUAUUAAUUUAAAAUUCUCUUUUUGUUUUUAAUAUUAAAAAAAUAAAAACUUAUAUAUAUCCGUUAAUCAAACUUCACUAUUUUACAUUUUAAAAUUGUUUUGUCAUGAGUUUAACACAAUUUAAACAAAAAUAUACAAGAAUGUAUAAUAAAUAAAAGUCUGAGUAUUCUGUAAUUUUGUUUAGUAACAGUUUUCAAUCAAAUUAUACUACUCAUUUAUUUAGAUUCCAGAAGUUCUGUUCAUAUUAUUUGUUUACAUAACUGUCCGCCAAAAAUAUGGUCAUGAUAGUUAAUGUAUAUUGAGGUUUUAUGCCACCCAUAUGAUUAAUGUCUUGAUUAAUAUAAUAUUACUAUAACUAGUAUUACUAAAUACAUGUAUGACACAUGUACUUGUAUUCACAACACUAAUCAAUUUUUAAAGAAUUUCAAAGUAAUAAGCUGAGAGUUAAAAAUAUAAAAAAAUGUAUAUUAUAUUUAUUUUUUUAUUUUUAUUUAAUACAAUUUAUAAUCUGUUACUAUCUAGAACAAUGAGUAAAAGAGAUGACUGAAUGAGUUUAUGGCUUGAAAAAAAGUAAAGACACUUUAACAGUUACUCAUAUACAUAGAUUCAUGUGUUUACAAUAGAAAUAAAAAUAAAAUAAAAAAUAUUUGGCCACUAUUGAUUUAUAGUUUAUAUUAGGUUUGUCUUUUUUCUUUUUACAUAAUUGGUCAUUAGAAUAAAGGAGACAUUAUUGUGUAAACAAAAUAGUGUUCACUUAAGUUUAAUACAUAAUGUAUAAACACAGUUUAUUUUCAACCUUUACUAUUUUGAAGUAUAUUUAAAAAAAAUUAAAUUAAUUAACAUUAAAUUAACAUAAUUUUAAAAUUUUUUUUUUUCAUCUUUUGAGUGACACCUUUUGUUGUAGUAGUAGUAGUUGUUAAACACGUUAGCAAGUUAUUUCAUGUAUAGUUUGAAUACAUUUUAGUAAUUUUAAAUAAAAUGUAUAGGUACAUUUCUACACAGAAUGAUGUUUAGUCUGAACCUAAAUUAAAAUUAGAAUUGUUUGAUAGGUAUAUUUUAUCAUUAGUACAAGUUUUAUAUGGGGAAUAUACCUACAAUGUUAUUGUUAUCAUCAAUCAAUUUUUUUUUUUAAGCUACUGGUAUAACAAAAUAAAUAUAUUCAGUUAUUUCCUGUUACUUUGUUUUAUUAAGUUAUUAUCAAAACCAAUUAUACAAAUUUUAAAACCGAAAAAAAUUAAUUGCUAUAAUUACUAUUAGCUAUUAUACUUAAACUUAAACAGUUGUUAAUAGUAUAUUAUUAAUUUCUAUCAAUAGUUAUAGUUCAUUUAAAUUUAUUUCAAUAAAAUGUGUAGUAACUAUAAUUAUAGUCUAUACAUGUGUUUAAAUAAUACAAGCUGAAUUAACAGAAAAUAAAUACCUGUAUCAAUUAUACUUAUAUUAAUUUUUAUAUUUUAUUGAUUUUAUUUUAAACUAUGUUUUAUAUGUAGAUUAACAAUCAUCAUUUUGUAUAAAAUUUAUUAACUAGUACAAACAAAAAGUUAAAAAUAUUCUGAUCUUUUAAGACAAUGCCUAACUUAAUCAUGCCAUUAAUAUUUGGGCUAUGUAAAUGUUGUUGAUGUGCAUAAAUUUACUAUUUUUUAUUUUUGGGUUAGAAAAUGUAUUAUUUAUUUUAUUUAUGUAUGCUGUAAUAGUAAUCGUAUAAUUAAUAUGGAUAUUUGUGUUUAUAUUUGACUGAUCACACUUGAUUUAUAUAUAUUACCUUCCUACAAAUACAUUUUGUAUUUAUUUUCUUUAUAAAAUAAAAAAAUAUAUCCACAUGUAUUUAAUAUUUAAAAAAAAUUUAUUUUAAAGUAUGUUUACACAAUUUUUUUCUUAUUAUAAAAAAACUUAAAAUAUUAUUUUUGGUACUUAUUUAUAAUGCAUGCAAUACAAGUGUUGUUAAUUCAUUAGUUAUUUGAUGGUAAAUAAAAUUAAAAGUUAAUGACUUCAUUAUACAUAUGAAAUUAAUAAUUGUUAAAUAUAUAUAUUAAGUAAUUAUGCAUCUUAAUGUAUACUUUCAAAUCAUUACUGUAAAUAAAAAAAAGAACUAUAAAAUAUAUAAUAAAACAUUGGGUGACAUUGAAAGACCUAGUUAAAAUUAUUUCAUUGGAUAUAAUCUAGAAAUUCAGUAUUUUUGUCUAAUUUUUAUAUCAUUAUAAAAGGUUUAUACUGUACAGAAUAAACAAGUUUCUGUUUUUUUUUUGUAUUUUAAAGUAGGUAUGUAAAAGUACCUGUUUUCACUUAUUUCAGUUGUAUUAUCUAUUUUAGUCUGAAAUAAAAUCUAUUUAAUAUGUCUAUUAUUGUUUUAUUUUUAAUAUUAUUCAAUGAUACUUAAUUUUAAUUUUAGGUGAAUUUUGUCAUCUGUCAACUUAUAGCAUUAUGUAUAUCGUUUCUAGUGUAUACAUAUUUGCCACCGAAAAAUCGACAAUAUGUAAUUAUUCGAGAAAUAUUAGGACUGAGCAUUGGACUGAUCAUGGCCUAUAUCUGUUUUGGAUAGUAAUAUAUAAUUUAUAUAAUUUUUUUAGUAAAAAUAAAAUGUUUAAAUAUAUAAUAUAUAGUAAAAUAAUAAGUAAAAUGAUGAUGGUUCAAAAAUAUAUUAUUGUACAGCGUCUCUGAUAUACCAGCAGACGUUAGAGAAUAAUAAAAAAAAAUGUUACAUAGAUGAUUCUGUGAAGGAGUAGAAUGUAUUCUUAAUUCUUAUUUCUUUUUAUGAGUUUUUAUAUUUGAUUAAUAUUAAAAUGUAUGAAAGUUUUACUGUAUAGUGUAUACCUACACAUAUGCAUAACAUAUAUCAAAAACAUCAUUGGUAUACACAAAUUAAUUUUAAAUUAAAUUAAAAUUUUGUUUUGAGUACUGCAAAGUAUUAAUUAUUGUAUAAAUGAUAUAAAACAUAUGAUUUAAAAUAAGGAAUAAAAAUCAAUACCAUAUUUAUAGGUACUUAAAAAUUAAUUCUUAACAGUUUUUAAUUUUAAUUCUCUUAUUUUUUUAAAAUACAUUUUUGAACGCUGUCUUUUUUUCUUAUUAAAUCAUUAAAUUUGUAUAAACUUGAAAUAUUAUCCUAAAUAAUAAAUUAUAUCUAUAAACAAUUUUUUUAAGAUACAAUUUCUGCUCUACUAUGUAGAAAAAAUAUUUUCAUGUGCCUACUCUGUACUAUUAUUGAAUUCAUAAUAAUGGUUAUAAUAGUAUAAAAUAAUAAUUUUCGAUAAUUAUAAUGUUUCAUACUUGUAUAUUUUUUCAGUCAAAUGUUACAUCUCAUUAUUUUGCCUAGUAUUUGUUAUAUUACAAUCCGAACCUUAGAUCCAAAUAAGAUACAUAAGUAAUUACAACAUGAAUAUUAAUUUUGUAUUAUUUAAAACUAUAUUUGAUUGUUUAUUAUUUUUAGAGUUGUAUUACUCAUAUGCUGUAUUUAUUUAUCAUUGCUACACAUUUAUCGUCAAGUUUAUGAAUAUGGAUCUUAUACUUUGGACAUUACAGGUAAAUCAUGUUUAACUAUGCAUAUGAUAUCAAUUUUUUUUUUUUUUAUUAAACUACUUUUUUUGUAAAGUUUAUAUUUCAUUAUUAGGCAGUUACCUGUGGUAUUGAAAGUGUUGAAUAUAGAUAAUUUUCUCGAUAUUUUAGAAAAAUGAAAAUUUCUCAGUGCAGAUAUAUUCAAGUUCAUUUUUAAAUAUUUUUCAGAGUAGUCCUUUAUUAUUUGUGGUAUCAAAAAAAAAAAUAUCAACAAUGUACAAUUCAGUUCAAAUUUUUCUUUUUUUAUAAUGAAAAUUAAAUUUUUUAAUUAAGUCAAUAGUAGUUAUUACCUACCAAAAUAAAUUUCAUUACAGAAUUGCGGAUCAUAGCAUGUCAUCUUAAGUAAAAUUAUGUUUAUAAACAUUAAUCCGUAUGUAAGUUUCAGAAUUUAGAUUAACAUCAUUGAUAUGAAUACAAAUUUUUUUAUGGUUAUUAUUAAAAAAAGUAAAUAAAAUAUUGGUAUUCCAAUAAUCUUCUCACUCUACUAAAUACUAUAAAUAGUAUUUAAAAUUAUUUAACUCUCAUAGCUUUGAGUAUAUUAAUAUUGAUUGAUUUAAAAAAGUUUUUAGAUUAUUAAAAAGUAUUAAUAUUGGUUAUUCAGGUCCUGUUAUGGUCAUGGUACAAAAAUUAUCGGCAUUAGCAUGUGGUUUACAUGAUGGUCUCACAGCUGACAAGAAACAAUUAACAGAACUGCAGAAACGUUACAUGAUUAGGUGGGAUUAUUUUUAAAUCAUAAGUUAUUAAAAAAAAAAUCAAUUAUAAGUCUUGGUAUAUGAACAUUAAUUUAAUACAAAAUGUGCUACCACGUUUUCCUACGCCAUCUGCACAGAAAUAUCUUCAGCAUUCCAUUCAUUAUUUUUUAUUUAUUUUUUUCUUUAGAAAGGCUCCAACACCAAUGCAUUAUAUAAGCUAUUUAUUGACAUUUCAAACAAUUUUAGCUGGACCAAAUGCAUUUUUUGAAGAUUAUAUGGCAUAUUUAGAUGGUACCAAUUUUCCAAAAAAACUACCCAAAGAGGUGAAAUUAAUUAUUUUCUUAAGUAGUUAAAACAAUUUUAAUUGAUUUAUAGCUAUAUUCAUUUAUGUUAAAAAGUAAAUUAUUUUAUAAAUAAUAUAAUAUAUGCUAGAUAGUAUUACUUAUAGUUCCUUUAUGAUUCAAUUUUGAGAAAGAAUAAAAAUAUUAAAUAAAUCAGUGAAAAAAAUACUUGAUAUAUUUUUUUUUUCUAAGUUUCAAAACAUAAAAUUAAAUUUUAGGAAUUAAAAUGUUAUUUGGACUUAUUAGUGAUUUUAAACUAAAAUAUUUUUACCAUUAUAUAUGUUGUAUUACCUAUUGAAAAUAUUGUUUUAAGAAAUUUAGUAUAAUUAUUCAGCCCAGAAUAUUUUCAAGAUACAAUAUUUACUAUACUAUUUUUACAUUUUUUAAAAUAUAUAUAUUAUGAAUGUGAAUAUUAUUUGUUUAAGGCAAAAUCACCACCUUCACCUUUACUACCAGUUUUAAAAAAAAUGGGAAUUACAUUCUUAUGUGGCUUUGUAAUUUAUAUUAUUGUACCAAUGUAUCCAGCUUCCACAUUAGUUGGUAUGUAACCGCUUUUAAUAAUAAUAUUGAGUUUUUGUUUUAAUAUAUUUAAAAAAUAUAACAUUUAAAGUUUCUUAUAGUAUUCAUUUUGUUAUUAAAUUUUAGUGAAAUAUUAUGUUUUUUAACAUGUAUUUUCAUUAUUUACCAAAAAAAAAAAAUAGACAAGGGCUGUGUUCACAUUUAUUUGUUAUUAAAAUUACCUAUUUUAGCCUCUUAUUUCUAUUUAACCUUUUUCUAUAUUCUAUUGAACACUGUAAAUAUAGCAAUUUAUUAUUUUUGUGUUUAUUUCUUACAUGUGAGCAAUGACAGGUUAAAGCUUCAUUGAUAUCUGAUAUUCUAAUUUCACAUGUUACUCCCUAAAAUUUAUGGAAUCUAGCCAUUUUUUUUAUCAUUAUUUCAUUUAAUGUUACAGCAUUAAGUUUUUUUGUUAUUCAUUUUCAUUUAAUAUUUGGUUAAAUAUGAUUUUUCUACUUUUAAGUUGUAUCAUUAUUUUAUUUUUGUAAACCGGUAAUAUUAUUAAUAAAAGAUAUUACUUAAAGGUCCCAGUGCUAAUUUUAUCUAGUUUUUUAAAAUUUCAAUUACUAUUUUAAAAUAGGCUUUUGUAACUGAUCUACCAAAUACUCAUUUAGUGGGAAGGGGUGGGGUUACUUUUACUAACAAAAAUGACUUCACUGAAAUAGUGAUAACUCAUUGUUAAUUCAAUAUUCUAUAAACAGUUUUUUAUUGAUAAACAACAACAUUCUACAGGAUGCUAUAAACCCCUAUUUCAAAUAAUAGGAAAAAAAAAGUUUAAAAUUUACUUUUGAGAAUGUUGAGAAUAUAAUGUUGUAUACAAUGUGGUGUAUAAAAUAUGAAUCCCUCUAUUAAUUUAAAAAUAAAAUUUGGUUGAUUCUACUAAAUGGUAUCAGUUUCCUUAGAAUGUAUUUUUGUGAGCAAAACAAGACAUCUGUACUUCGGGCACCUUAAUAUUAAGUUUUUUUUUUUCCAGAUGAAUCCUUUUUAAUCGAAUCCUCAAUAUUAUCGAAAAUUUGGUUCAUUAUAGUAAUAACAUCUUUAACCAGAUUCAAAUACUACUUUGCUUGGACAUUAGCUGAUGCUGUGUGUAAUGCUUCUGGGCUGGGAUUCUCUGGCUACAAUGAGAAAGGUGAUCAAGAAUGGAAUUUACUCGAUAACAUUGACAUUUUAAGGGUUGAGGUAAGUAUACAAUAUGUAUCAAUUUAAUCUUAAAGAUAUUAUCUAAUGUUAAUAGCUUUAAAAUAUUUAUUUAACAACUGUUUCUGUAUUGAACUUUAGUUUGGAGUAAACUUUAGAGCUACUAUCGAUGCAUGGAACAAAGGCACAAAUCUGUGGCUUCGUUAUGUCAUGUAUGAAAGAGCGUCACCUAAAUACAACACCGUCAUGACAUAUACUUUGUCUGCAUUUUGGCAUGGUUUCUAUCCAGGCUAUUAUAUUACUUUCCUCACUGGGGCAUUGUUUACAAACAGCGCCAGAGUGGUAAUAUAUGAAAAAUUUGCUUUUAAUGAUUUUAAACAUUACAUUUUUUUUUUUUAAACUUUAAUAAACAUACCAUAUUUAUUUAUUAACUACAGGUCCGAAGAUGUUUAUGGCAUAGAUUCCAACAACCGAAACCUGUGAAAUUAGCUUAUGAUUUUGUAACAUGCUUCUUGACAAGAUUAUGUUUGUCUUACAUGACGUUUUCUUUCAUACUUUUAGAGUUUAUGCCUGCUUUACGUGUGUUUUGGUAAGUAAUUUAAUUUGUAUUAGUAAUUUAAAAAUUUAUUUUAUUAUUGAGAAAGAUUGUUUAUGACAUAAGAAAAUAGUUCUUUUUUUUUAGGAAAAAUAUUGUUAAUUAUCCAUGUAUUGUAUCAGUUUAAAUUAUUUAAACUAUUUAAUUUACUUUUUACAGGCACAUCAAGUUCUAUUUGCACAUAUUAGCAUUACUAGCUGUGUAUUUAUUGCCAUUAAUAAUUACACCGUUGAGAACAGUCAAGAAGAAAUCACAAUAAUUGAUAAUGGUUAUAGAUAAUAACUAUAAUCUAUACACAUUUGAUCAAUAAAAGACUGUAUACGUGUAAAUUAAAAUGUUAUUUCGAAGGUUAAUUUGUAUAACCUUGUUAUAAUAGAAAAAUGAAUCACGUCAUCCAGAUUUUUAAACAAAUUAUGUAUGGUAUUAUCAUAAUAUCACUUAUGUAUGUCAUAUACAUUGAAAUAUAUUUGAAUUUAAUGUUUUAUAAUAAGCAAAACUCACUUUAGAAAUUUCAUAAUUUCCAUAACACUUAUUGGAAAAAAUAUAUUUCUACAAGUUUAAUCUGCUCUAGUCUAAUUGGUACACUGGCGACACAUAUUAGGAAAUCUAAGGUUCUCUUGGUUGUUUAUUUCUGUAAAUUUAUAGUAAACACUAUGUGGCGUCUUAACCACACACUACAACUAAUUAUAGAUAACCAUUGUCUCAAUUGUAACAAUUUAUUUGACAGACUGAUACAAAAAUUUGUGAUAAAACUAUUAAAUAAAAAUAUAACCUUAAUUGUAUAAUUUCUUCAAUAAAAUAAUAAAAAAAAUACAUACAUUUUUUUGAAAAUAAAGGGCGUAAUUUUUUAAAUUUGUAUACUAAAUAAACAUGUAAUCCAUUUUAGAAUAAUCAUAUCGUAAUAUUUGUUUAAGGUAUGUUAAUUGGAAAAGAAUAUUUCAAAAUUUUUUAUUUUGUUUUUGUACACUUUCAUCAAUAAUUAAUUUUUUGGCAAAAUCUCAAUCCUUGCUUUGAAAUAGAAUCUAGAGUUUUAAAUGAGCAUUCAUAACCUACCUUAUUAUUCAAAAGACAAUACUUAACGGUACAGUACACAUAGACGUAAAUGGCUAGUUGUAAUUACACAUUUAUUUAGUGUGUAAAAUUGAAAUAUAAUUACAUAUCAAAGGAAAAAUAAAUAUAGCAAGUUAAUUUCUCAUAAUUAUAUAACAACUUCUUAUACACUAAAACUGAAUUAUUACUAAUAUACUUAUAAUAGAUAUUUCAUACAAAAUUUAAACAGAUUUUAUUUUGGGUUGUAUAAACAAUCUUCUAAAACCAAAUUUUCAUACAAAAACUGAUGUUGAAACUUCAAAGCUUCAAGUCCAUAACUAGUCCAAUUUGGUAAUAAAUAUCUUGCAAACAGUUCUAAACAUUUAGGCAAUGGAGGCAGGUAAGGAUUUAAUAUUUC